AUGGCAACUGAAACCUUUCUAUUCACAUCUGAGUCUGUAAACGAGGGUCACCCCGACAAGCUGUGCGACCAGAUCUCUGAUGCAGUGCUCGAUGCGUGCCUUGCACAGGACCCCGACAGCAAGGUUGCCUGUGAGACAUGCACCAAGACCAACAUGGUCAUGGUCUUUGGGGAGAUCACAACCAAGGCAAACGUAGACUACGAGAAGAUUGUCCGUGACACAUGCCGCAGCAUUGGAUUCAUCUCUGAUGAUGUUGGUCUUGAUGCUGACAAAUGCAAGGUGUUGGUCAACAUUGAGCAGCAGAGCCCUGAUAUCGCCCAGGGUGUGCACGGUCACUUCACCAAGCGCCCAGAGGAGGUUGGUGCUGGUGACCAGGGUCACAUGUUUGGCUAUGCCACUGAUGAAACCCCUGAAUACAUGCCGCUCAGCCAUGUCCUUGCAACCAAACUUGGCGCUCGCCUCACCGAGGUUAGGAAGGAUGGUACCUGCGCAUGGUUGAGGCCAGAUGGUAAAACACAAGUCACUGUUGAGUACUACAAUGACAAUGGUGCCAUGGUUCCAGUCCGUGUCCACACUGUCCUAAUUUCCACCCAACAUGAUGAGACAGUGAGCAAUGACCAAAUUGCUGCUGACCUUAAAGAGCAUGUUAUCAAGCCUGUCAUUCCUGAGAAGUACCUUGAUGAGAAGACCAUCUUCCACCUUAACCCUUCAGGCCGUUUUGUGAUUGGUGGCCCCCAUGGUGAUGCUGGUCUCACUGGAAGAAAGAUCAUCAUCGAUACCUAUGGCGGCUGGGGUGCUCAUGGAGGUGGUGCCUUUUCUGGCAAGGACCCAACCAAGGUUGACAGAAGUGGUGCCUAUAUUGUGAGGCAGGCUGCAAAGAGUGUUGUGGCAAAUGGCCUUGCCAGAAGGUGUAUUGUCCAAGUUUCUUAUGCCAUUGGUGUCCCAGAGCCCUUGUCAGUCUUUGUUGACACUUAUGGAACCGGAAAGAUUCCCGACAAGGAGAUUCUUCAGAUUGUGAAGGAGAAUUUCGACUUCAGACCUGGAAUGAUCACCAUUAACCUGGACCUCAAGAGGGGUGGCCACCGGUUCCUGAAGACAGCUGCUUAUGGACACUUUGGAAGGGAUGACCCAGACUUCACCUGGGAGGUUGUGAAGCCACUCAAGUCAGAGAAGCCUCAGGCCUAA